UUCCAAAUUUCCAGUACUAAAUCCAUAUAUGCAAGAACCGAUAUCUGUAUUUCUGAUAUCCAGAGAAAGACUACGGAAUAGAAUCUAAUUUUCUUCUUUGAUUACUCCUCCUAUAAGUCCUAAAGUUGAUAAUUGCUAGCUUGAACAUUACUUGCAGUUUCACUAAGACAUUUAGAAUACAUUAACAAAAAGGAAUAAAAUCUAGGACUGAUAGCUUCUAAUUAUUAUUAUUUAUUAUCAUCUUAUAGUGUAAUUCUUUUUGAUAUUUGGUUGUGGCUGUAUUUGUUCAUAGCAGAAGCGCCAGGAAAGUUAGGGAGGAAAAAUGAAAUUAAACAACCAAAGGGGCAGAGGAGAAGUGAGAAGAUGUACAGAUUACUGUAAUCUAAGCUCAGUAUUUACUAUACCCUCGGGAGCAAAAUUUCAAUGAAACCCAACUUUUUAAGAGGGCAAACCAGGAAAAUUUAUGCGGUUAAGACGACCUGAGUCCUACUCAACACACACGUUGAAGUUGUUUUACAUCUUCUCAACAGCACAAAAAGUUAAUUUUGUUUUUGAAACGGUGCUGAUGUAGUAAGUGGGUUUUGAAAGACUCAUUGACAGAUGUGCUCCGACUCUGCUGCAUGCCUUCCAUUUUUCAUAUAACCCUCUUUUCUCUCUGUUUCUUUCUGUUACUUGUCCUUAGUACUGGCGUCACCUUUUGGGGUCCUAUUGAACUUCCAUUUUUGCCUUUGCUCUCUGUUGAUUUCGUUGGGUUUCAAAAUUGCAGUGCUCUUCUUGUUCUGUAUGUGCUGUGAGAAAACGGAAUGGGUGCCUUAUCUCGUGCUUCUCUUUCUGAAGAGGAACGCAACAAAAGACUUGUUGAAGCUGGGAAUGAGCUGCUUCAGCAUCUCCCUUCUUCUAAAGAGGAGCUUCUGGAGAAACUUGAUAAUUUAGAGCAUCUUCUGUCAACGGUGGAGCAAGUUCCACCUGCAUCGGCGCGAGAUGCGUUUCAACCUGCAAGGGAAGCACUAGCUGCAGAUGGACUUCUACGGCAUCCUGACAUAGAUGUGAAGGUGUCAGUUGCAUCUUGCAUCGGUGAGAUCAUGAGAAUUACAGCUCCAGAUCAACCUUAUGAUGAUCGCAUAAUUCAGGAAUUUUUUGAGCUUUCAGUAUUGGCAUUUGGGAAAUUGUCUUGCAUUGAUGGUUGUGGUUAUUCAAAGGCUGUUUCAAUUAUCGAAGUUCUUGCGAAGUACCGAACAUGCAUUCUGAUGUUGGAUCUCGAGUUAGACGCAUUGGUUGUUCAGAUGUUUCAUCAUUUUCUGAAUAGCAUAAGGCCGGACCACCCUGAUCAUGUAUUCAUGGAUGUCGAGGAAAUAAUGAGCAUGAUGAUAAAAGAGAGUGACGGAAUUUCAAUGGAGCUUCUGAACAUCCUGAUAAGUAGUGUUAAGAAGGAAAACCAGAAUGUUUCACCUCGCUCCUAUAUGCUAGGAGAGAGAGUUCUUCAAAUAAGUGCUGUCAAACUUUGUCCAUAUCUUCCAGAAGCACUGAGGUCCUUGAGGAUUUCCACUGAUGAUUAUUCUGAAGUUGUUGAAUUGAUAUGGAGAGAGGCAACUAAAAGUAAAACUACGAAUGGUACAAAGUCUCUCCCUAGUUCUAGGCCAGGAGAAAUUGAUCAAUUUGUGGAUGGAGCAUCAAAAUCACAAAAUGGUCCUGAAGAGCGUUAUCAUAAAGCUGCUUGCUUUGACGAUGCCUGUCCAUCCACGGAAGCAACUUCCAAGUGUCUUCCAGAUGCUGACUCUAAAGUUAUUUCAGCUGAUGACACUGUUGUAUUAUUUGAGCGAUCUGCAGAGGAUUCCUUUAAGACACCGGUCAAUAAUGACUCAAAAGAGCUUACCCGCGGAGCUGGUUAUGAUAGCAAAGUUGGUCCAUCUGUACCUGGAACUUCCAAGUCACCUACAAAUGACGACUCUAGCGAGCUUGCACCACAUGGUGCACCUGAGAAAGUUACUCCAUUCUUAGAUCAACCAUCUGACUUGCUGGGGAAAUAUGACCCUAAGCAUAAGGAAGAUGAUGUCGUUCCAGAGAUGGAUAAAUCUUUGAAAGGAUCACAAUGUGGAGAUGCAACAAAGCAGCAGAAAAAUACAGAUUCAAGGACCAAUUCUCGACCUGAAAACUUAGGUUUCAUACAUGCAGCCGAAAAAGAUCUAGAUUCAGAAGCUACUCAAGCUUCAAGGAAAAGAGGUUGGAAACCUAAUUUUUUGAAAAAGCCAGAGGAAGGAUAUGAUCAUGUUUGGUUAAGUGGAGAAAGGAGAUCAAAAGCCUGUAUUCGCUGGAAGGAUUAUGGGAAAGAUACUAAAAAGAGAAGUAGCUGUUCACCUAAAUGUGCUAUCUCCGAUGAAUUGUACUUGUCAUCUGGUGUGGAGAAGACUCCGAAAAUGACUAUAAGAAGACGCCAAAAGGAGCAAAAUGACAUAAUAGAAGAAUUUGUUGUCUUGGAGGCAUUAGAAAAGAAACAUGAAAAAGGUGACAAGAAAAAUUUACCUGCCAGCUAUCGUGAUAGAAGACGGGGGCCAUCAGUUAAAGAAUCAGGAAUUGAGGCAUUGGCUUCUCACUCGAUCACCAACAAGAGCAACUUUGCCAAUACCUCUAAAGGUCAACGUAAGAAGGAGAACUCGUCAUCACAAGAAGAGGCAUUGGGUUCUCUCUCAAUCACCAAAGAAAACAACUUUUCCAAAACCUCUAAAAAACAACAUAAAAGGAAGAACUCGCCAUCACAAGAAGAGGCAUUGGAUUCUGUUUCAAUAACCAAGAAAAGGACCUUACCGAAAGCCUCUAAAGAACAACGUAAAAGGAAGACCUUGCCAUCACAAGAAGAGUAUUCUGCGGAUAAGGUUGUCAGAGAGCAAGGUGAGGAGCUGAUUGGCUGCAGAAUAAGGGUUUGGUGGCCACUGGAUCAAAGGUUCUAUGAGGGACAUAUCGCCUUGUUUGACCGUCCAGAGAAGAAGCAUAUGGUAAUCUAUGAUGAUGGUGACAUUUAUCUCAUUGCAAACUUUCGCAUUUUGUGCAGUUUCAAGUUUGUCAUAUAACAAAAAACUGGACUUGGUUUUUGUAUGUAAUGCGAUAUGUGCAUGAUUGGAAAAGAUUAUUAGGUUACUGUGUACUGUCUCAAGGAAGACUAAUACCAUGGCCUCUACAACACCAUGAACAAUUGGGGUGA